GGCCCCUGCCCGGAUGGCAGCAAUAGUUCUAGGGGGAGACACCAUGAGCUCUGAGCAUAUCUUCCCCAAUCAAACUGAGGACUUAGGUCCACAUCAGGGUCCUACAGAAGGAACCGGGGAUUGGAGCAGUGAAGAACCUGAGGAAGAGCAGGAGGAAACAGGAGCAGGCCCUGCAGGCUACUCCUACCAGCCCCUCAAUCAAGACCCUGAACAGGAAGAGGUGGAGCUGGCACCGGUGGGUGACGGAGAGGAUGGAGCUGCUGACAUCUAAGACCGGAUCUAGACCCUGGGGCUUCAUUUGCCAGACCCCCCAUUAGAGAGUGAGGAUGAAGAUGAGGAGGGAGCUGCAGCAUUGAGCAGCCACACCUCUAUCCCCAUGGACCUAGAACACGUGGAGCUGGUGAAAAGGACGAUGGCUGGAGUAAGCCUGCCCGCACCAGGGGUCCCUGCCUGGGCUCAGGAAAUAUCGGAUGCUCCAUGGGAAGUAGUAGUACAGAAAGCCCUCCAAGCCCGGCAGGCAUCCCCUGCCUGGAAGUAACCACACGGAGAGCUGCCCCGUCUCCUCCCUACAUUGCAAGCCGGGACCAGCACAGGACUAACACAACUCUGGUUUUAACACCCACCUUCCCAUGUCCCUUUCCACAUCAAGGCAAAUCAGACUCUCA